ACACGACUAACACGCGCCAGCGUAUGUUACACAGUAACACACCCCCUUCCUUCACGCUCCCAUUUUUUAAUCCCUUUCUACGACUAAUAUAUUGCCACAUCUUUUUUUUUCUUUCACUCUAUCCCAAAUUAAUCGCCCACCAAAAAUAAAAAAUAAAAAUAAUUCAUUCAUUCAAUCAAUUCAAUUAAUUACAUCUCUUUUUGUGUUCCCAGAUUAUUGUUUUUGUCCUUUUAUUUGUACUCCUCACUUCAAAGCUAUUUCAUCAAUCUCACCAUCAUUAUUAUUAUCUCUACAUACCUUCUCUUGUUCUUUUUUGUUUGAUACAUAUAAUUAUAAUCAUCAUAUAUAAAAUAGGAAUUGAUAUAGGUGAGUUCAAGAUUAAUUUCGAUGUCAAAGACGAUGACGACAACAACGACGGCGACGAUGACGACGGAGUUUCGGAAGGGAAUGAGAGAGAUAAGGCCAUUGAUGAACUUACUAUUGCCGUUAUGUGUACAUUGGAUUGCGGAGGAAAUGACGGUUUCUGUUUUGGUUGAUGUUACUACUCGUGCUCUUUGUCCUCAACAAACUACUUGUUCUGAAGCUAUUUAUCUUAACGGCGUUCAACAAACUGUUGUUGGAAUAUUUAAGAUGGUGUUACUUCCACUCUUGGGGCAGCUUGCUGAUGAGUAUGGGCGGAAACCGUUGCUCCUUAUUACUCUAUCAACCACAAUUAUUCCCUUCACCUUACUUGCCAUUAACCAAUCCAGAGAAUUUGUAUAUGCUUAUUAUGUUCUUCGAACAAUCUCCUACAUUAUAAGCCAGGGGAGUAUCUUCUGCAUUGCUGUAGCCUAUGCUGCAGAUGUGAUUGAGGAUUCCAAAAGAGCUGCGGCAUUUAGUUGGAUCACAGGUUUAUUUUCAGCAUCACAUGUACUAGGGAAUGUGCUGGCUCGAUUUCUCCCUGAAAAAUACAUUUUUGAGGUUUCAAUUGCUCUCUUGAUCUUUUGCCCUGUUUAUAUGGUGUUCUUUUUACCGGAAACUGUUAAACAAAGACAAAGACAAAGGCAGGAUCCACAGUCAUCAUUAUUAUGCAAGUUCCUGACAUUCCCAAAGCAGCGAUUCAAUUCUAUGAAAUAUGCUGCAAGUGUAGUUGUUAGCAGUCCAACACUUCGGGGAAUUUCUCUAGUCUCUUUCUUUUACGAACUGGGAAUGUCUGGCAUUAGCAGUGUUUUAUUGUACUACCUGAAGGCAGCUUUUGGUUUUAAUAAAAAUCAAUUUUCUGAGAUAUUGAUGGUUGUUGGAGCUGGUUCAAUUGUUUCUCAGAUAUUGGUGCUUCCUCUUAUCAAUCCAUUGGUUGGAGAAAGAGUGAUAUUAUGCGCAGCAUUACUUGCAUCAAUAGCUUAUGCAUUGUUCUAUGGUUUUGCUUGGGCGGCUUGGGUACCAUACUUGAGUGCUUCAUUCGGAGUUAUAUAUGUGCUUGUGAAACCUUCUACUUAUGCUAUUAUUUCAAAAGGAUCAAGUUCUAAUAAUCAGGGUAAAGCUCAAGGUUUUGUUGCUGGUGUUCAAUCCAUUGCAAGUUUAUUAUCACCACUUGUUAUGAGCCCACUAACCUCAUGGUUCUUGUCUGAAGAUGCUCCGUUUAACUGCAAAGGUUUUAGUAUAAUAUGUUCAUCACUAUCCAUGAUGGUUGCUCUGGUGAUCGCCUUGGGAUCAAGAUUUGAAUCACAGUCUGAGCUUGAGCAAAAGGAUGACUUAGAAAACAUUGAAUCGCCGCUUCUAUCUUGAGGCUUCGUAAUUCUUAGUUUUAGGAAUCCCUAUUAUGCAUAUAUAAUUAUUGUACAAGUUUGAGGUUGUUUUUAUGAGAGUGUAGAAUCUGUAGAUAUAUGCAUUGAGUUGCAAAAUUGCAUGCAAUGUCAUUUAAGAUUUGUAUUAGGUCACGUUUUAGUUUAAUUUCUAAUGUAAGCAAAAAUGUAGGUAUUAGAGAAUUAAUUAGCUUAAGUAUUCCAUGGAAAAAAUUAAUCGAGGAAUAACUUUGGCGAGAAUAUAUUCCAUACGAUUUUCUUGUACAUUCUUUCAUUUUUGUUUGUCUCUUUCACAAAGUAUCUCAUUGUUUCA